AUGGGCUGCCCCGUCUGCACCGCCUCAUCGCAGGUCGGCGCCCCCGACUGCCAGCAGGUGCUUCUGGCGGGCGCCAUUGGCCGCGGCACCUGCAGUCACCAAAAGGUGGCACCUACAGCCCCCCGUGGAUCAGGCAUGGAAGUCAGGCCAGCGACCGCGCGGGUCCGGGUACAGCGAGGCCGUCCAGCUCCAGAUGCUGGGGGACUUGGGUUCGCGGCGAGAGGUUCCCUCCAUCUCAGGUAG